UUCUAUCCAUCGCGAGGUCUCUCGCUCACUAAAACUCGGAACACUCAGAUCGACCGAUUCUGUAAAACCUAAUCGCCAUUUCUAAAUUCUUAAGCGGAGCGCGACGGCAUCUUCUUCUCCUCCUAUGCAGAUUUCUACAUUUCUCCCAUUGCGUUGCCCAUUUUUGACACUACUCGCUCUCUUGGUAUUUGAAUUGGGCAGUGAAUAAUACAGAUCUGAGGCCAAACUUCAAUGGCUUCGAGAGGAGAAUAGCGAGGGCUGUUCUUCGUUCUCGCCGCUGAAGGAGGAGAGCGGAUCGAUCGAUUGAUUCAGAGAAAGGAGAAAUGGAUGUGGAGAAAUCGUCGCUGUGCAAUUGCGUGGUGAACUUCCUUCUGGAGGAGAAUUACUUGUUGACGGCGUUCGAGCUUCUUCACGAGCUUCUCGACGAUGGCCGCGAUGCUCAGGCCAUCCGCCUAAAGGAGUUCUUCUCCGAUGGCUCUCAGUUUCCCCCCGAUCAGAUCUCUCGCUUCAAUUCCCUGAGAGUUGCUGAUCCCCAGAACUUACUGGAAGAAAAAGAAGCUGUAGAAGAAAAAUUGGCACUGACUGGAUAUGAGUUACGUCUAGCCCAUGAGGACACUCUGAAACUGAAGGCUGAACUGCAGAAGAAAACUGAGUUGAGACCAGAAGAAUUAACAGGGUCAAAUACUGAUGUUUCUGCAAAUAAUGGGCCUGAUCCUCAACAAGGCAAGAGAGAAAUCUCUUUUUCUGAUUUGGGUCCUUUAAAAGACCAUGAACGUCGAGAUCUUAACUGUGCUGUAAAGGAGUAUUUGCUUUUAGCAGGAUAUCGUCUUUCUGCAAUGACAUUUUAUGAAGAGGUUACAGACCAGAACUUAGAUGUGUGGGAGAGUUCGUCUGCUUGUGUACCAGAUGCUCUGCGUCAUUACUAUUACCAGUACCUCUCAUCUACUGCAGAGGCUGCUGAGGAAAAAAUCACAAUGCUUCUGGAAAGGGAUUCAUUACUGAAAGAAAAUGAUAACCUCAAAAGUGAAAAGGUGUCUUUGCUGAGAAACAAAGAUUUGGCUGAUGCCCAGGUUAUGGCCUUAACAAGAUCCUUGGAGGUGCUUCAAAAGGAUCUCAAGGACAAGGAGAUUCAGGUGCAAGAUUUGAAGCAGUCAUUGGAGUGCCAAAGAAAAGAACUCAAUGGCUGCAGAGCUGAAAUCACUUCACUGAAAAUGCACAUUGAAGGCUCUCGAUAUGGAAAAAGCUUGGUUUCUAAUGACACUGAACAUGCACAAUCAGAGUCCCUAGAAAGCUAUAAAGAAGAAAUUAAAUUGCUACAGAAGGAAAUAGAAAGUUUAAAGGCUGGAAAAUCUUUUCCUAUGGAGUCUAUAAAAUCUAUUGAUCUCGACACCAAGUUAAAAGAGACGGAAGAUGGGGUUCAUUCGCAUGAAAAUAAUUCUUCAGCAGCUUCAGUUGGCAUGGCAUCUGGGGUUCUAGAAACUCUCAGUGUUCAAUCAGUGUCAAAUCAAAUGUCUGAUGACACCAAUGGUGAAACAGAGUCCAUACGGGCAGAGACACUAUCAAGUUCUUCAAAAGAUGAUAAUUGGGCUAUUGAGAAUUCUGAACUUGGACAUAAACAUAAUGGUGAAUCAGUAGAAGGUUCAGAUGGUGUUGUUCGUGAACCAGCUUCUGACAAGAUUGGGUUGGAAACAAUUCAGAUUCUCUCUGAUGCACUGCCUAAAAUUGUCCCUUAUGUUCUAAUCAACCAUCGCGAGGAGCUUCUUCCUCUGAUGAUGUGUGCAAUUGAGCGCCAUCCGAACAGCAGCACACGGGAUUCCUUGACCCACACAUUGUUUAACUUAAUCAAACGCCCAGAUGAACAGCAGAGACGAAUUAUAAUGGAGGCCUGUGUAACGCUUGCGAAGAAUGUAGGAGAAAUGAGAACAGAGACAGAACUACUUCCCCAGUGUUGGGAACAAAUUAAUCACAUGUACGAGGAGCGCAGGCUGCUUGUUGCUCAAUCAUGCGGAGAGCUUGCAGAAUUUGUUCGCCCUGAGAUUCGUGAUUCCCUCAUCUUGUCUAUUGUGCAACAAUUGAUAGAGGAUUCCGCAACUGUUGUCCGUGAAGCUGCUGCUCAUAAUCUGGCAUUGCUCCUUCCGCUCUUCCCAAACACGGACAAAUAUUUCAAGGUUGAGGAGAUGAUGUUUCAGUUGGUUUGCGAUCCCUCUUGGGUGGUUGUGGAAACGACAAUCAAAGAAUUGGUCCCUGCUUUAAUAAAAUGGGGAAACAAGUUGGAUCAUAUAUUACGAGUUCUACUCUCUCACAUCUUAAGCUCUGCUCAACGUUGUCCGCCACUUUCGGGGGUUGAAGGUUCUGUUGAAUCACAUCUUCGUGUUCUAGGUGAAAGGGAGCGCUGGAAUGUUGAUGUCUUACUACAGUUGCUGGCAGAAUUGCUUCCAUUUGUGCAUCAGAAAUCAAUUGAGACAUGUCCAUAUCAGAUCAUUUCAGAUAAUGCAGGAACACUGUUUUCUGUUAACUUGUUUGAACUGUAUGCCAGGGGGCAUAUGCCAUGGCCAGCAUUUGAAUGGCUGCAUGGUGACUGCUUUCCUGACUUGAUUCAUCUUGCCUCUCUGUUACCUCAAAAGGAAGAUAAUUUAAGAAAUCGAAUCACAAAGUUUUUGUUGGUUGUAUCUGAAAGUUUUGGAGAUGAUUAUCUGACACACAUUAUGCUGCCAGUAUUCUUGGUAGCUGUUGGUGAUAAAGCUGAUCUUACAUUUUUCCCAUCCACUGUGCAAUCAAGAAUAGCAGGAUUGAGACCAAGAACUGCUGUAGCUGUGAGACUUUCUACUCUUUGUGUUCUGCCACUUGUCUUGGCAGGGGUAUUAGGAUCUCCAAGCAAACAUGAACAAUUGACAGAUUACUUGAGAAAUCUGUUUGUUCAAAAUACAGCAAAUGAGGGUCUUCCAACGGAGCUCCUAGCUGAAAUUGUUAACUCUGUCCGCUUCCUGUGCACAUACGAAAAACAUCAUGUCAUGGUUUUUAAUAUCUUAUGGGAAAUGGUUGUGAGCUCAAAUAUGAAUAUGAAGAUCAGUGCCGCCCAUAUGUUGAAAGUUACUGUACCAUAUAUUGAUGCUAAAGUGGCUUCAGCUCAUGUUGUGCCUGCUCUUGUCACUCUUGGCUCUGACCAAAACCUGAAUGUAAAGUAUGCAAGCAUUGAUGCUUUUGGAGCUGUGGCACAACAUUUUAAAAAUGACAUGAUUGUUGACAAAAUACGUGUUCAAAUGGAUGCUUUUCUUGAGGAUGGAUCACAUGAAGCUACAAUUGCUGUGGUCCGUGCACUGGUAGUUGCUGUACCUCAUACGACAGAUAAACUUAGAGAUUAUCUAUUAUCAAAGAUUUUCCAUCUUACAACCACUCCACCUCCUUUGACUGACAUGACACGUCGCCGUGAGAGAGCUAAUGCAUUUUGCGAAUCAAUCCGUGCACUAGAUGCUACAGACCUUCCAGCUACUAGUGUUAGGGAUUUGCUUAUACCUGCAAUACAGAAUUUGUUGAGAGACCCGGAUGCUCUUGAUCCCGCACACAAAGAAGCGCUCGAAAUCAUAAUGAAGGAGAGAGCUGGUGGAACCUUCGAGGCCUUCAGUAAGGUGAUGGGCGCUCAUCUUGGGAUUGCCUCGUCUGUUAGCAGUUUCUUUGGGGAUGGCGGCCUGCUGGGCAAGAAGGAAAUUGGAGACAACCCGCCACCCGAACCGGUUGAGACCCCCCCAAAGGCUGCCCCGCAGCCCCCCGUGGCAGAGGACACGACAUUUAGGCGGAUUAUGAGGGGAGGUUUCUCGGACAUGCUGAAGAGGCAAACUUAAGUAGCCAUGGGAACCAGCUCCCUGAAGCCAAGUAAAUUUAACCAUUUUCCUUUUCCCUUUUCAUGUCAUUGGGGGAGCGAGGUUUGAUAAUUUUUGUAUUGGAAUGACGAGAGCAAUAAAUAUUUGUUUUUUAA